AUGCUAGGGUUAAAUUCUAGACAACACGGCCUCGUCAACGCCGCCGUCGCCGCGGCCAACACCGGCUCAUCGGCGUUCCCUCAGAUGGUGCUGCCCGACUCGCCCCGCGUGUCGGCUUGUACCCUGUUGCCCGGCUUCCACGUGUACCCGCAGGCCUCCCGCCUCUCCGGGGAGUGCUCGCUCGACGUGAGCGUGGUGGAGCCUUCCAUGCCCGCGCCCACCGACCUCAACGCCACACCAGUGGCCGGUCGCUCGUCAUCCAGAGGCGCGAGGAAACGCGCGCGGCAGAUGCCGGCCGGCAUGCUCCCGGACGCCCGCAACUUGUUUGAGGGAAUGCCGGCCGCCGGCGACGAGGACUACAUGCAGAACCUCAUCUUCGAGGGUGGUGCGCCGGCCACUGGCUACGAUCCCGAAGAGACACAAAGCCAGGACGGACGCGGCGCGUUCACGUCGGCCACUGGCUAUGAUCCCGAUCAGGCGGCCUUCAUGCGUGAUCAGGUCGGCAUGGACCUGGACGGCUUCCCACUUGACCAUGAGUUUCCGGACGACUACGGGCAAGAGGAAGAGGACGAGUGCGACAUCGAAGUGGAGCCUUUGUUCGAGGACGAGCUCGCCAACCAAGCCGCUGGUCCGAAGCCGAAGCGCAAGAGCAAGCGCAUGAAGGCAUACACGACGGCCGAGGACAAGCUUCUUUGCGAGAGGCCACCUCUUGCGGAUGACAUUGGCAUCAAGUAUACUAUGCUUGACCCUACGUCCGACAAGGUCCAUCGUGCCCGUUUUAUUGAGAACAGAGUGAUGCUCCCGCCACUGCGGAUGAGGGGUCACGGGACGACCGUGAAGAUGGAGUACGACGAGCGGUACGCGUCGUUCUACAGGAGAGCCCGACUGCUGGGUUUCGUCCUGCAGUUCAAGCGCAAGCCGCCGACGCUCGUUCACUCAGCUCUCACGGCUUUGAUCGAUCGGCUGAGCAGGAGGAAGAAUCAGUCCAUCACCGAUUGGGGAGAGCAACAUGCCAAAUACGAGACUGAAUGGAACCAGUGGAAAACUCGCAAAGAUGUGGAGAGAAGAGUGAUUGACUGGGAGGAGUACUCGCAAAGAUGGCAUCAAGCAUCGUCUGCGCCUAAGGCCACAGUGGACGACGGCAGACGCUGA